AUGUCCGCCCUGGAAGGGAAGAACAUUUUUCUUACCCCCGAUGGUCGCACGUACCAUCUAGGCGUAAAGAAGGGGGAUCUGGCUCAAGCGAUCGUGACUGUCGGAUGCGAGCAGCGUGCACGGUUCCUUGCGAAUAAGUUCCUCACGGAUGUGACGGAGAUUUCGUCCCCCCGGCAGUUCACCACAUUAUCAGGGAAGUACAUUAAAGGCGGCCAGCGUGUUUCGAUUGUCUGCAUCGGCAUGGGCGCACCUAUGAUGGAUUUCUUCGUCCGUGAAGCUUCUUAUGCUUUGGAUGGCGAGCCGGUGGCCAUUGUUCGCAUUGGAAGCUGCGGGAUCCUCGACUACGACACGGCCCCGGGUACUCUAAUGCUCAGCGAGGCAAGCAUGUACUCCUUUAGAAACUAUUGCCAUUUCGACGGGGAAGCGAUUCUGAAGAAAGACGGUGAGCAUGCUUGCAACGGAUCUCACGGCGGCAAACGCGACUCACGGCCCUAUUGCCUCACUGCGCCUGUCGAGGCGGAUGAGCACCUGACAAAUCUCAUCGAGGCCAACUUGAAGGCGAAAAACGCCGCCGUCAAAAGGGGCCUCAACUGCUCAGGAGAGACCUUCUUCGCCUGCCAGGGCCGCACGUUCCCGUUGUGGGAUGAUGAGAACGGGCAUCUUCUGAAAGACAUCACGAACUUGGGCGUCGUAAGCAUGGAGAUGGAGACCCACCAGCUGUUUCAUCUCCUGAGACACAGAGUCCACGGCUCCCCGGAUGCGCCUCGCGCGCGUGCGGCAGCGGUCAUGAUUGGCGUUGUCAACCGAAACAACCCGAACUUCACCAGCCACGUUUCGGUUGAGGACCAGCUCCGCGCGAUCGAAGCUGCGGGAGAAGCAGUUUUUGACGCCCUUGUGUCCCUCUCCUCCAAGCCUGCUGAAUGCCCGGUGACCGCCUAA